GCAGAGGAACGCCAUGGCAAUGUGGAGGAGAGACUGAGGCAGCACGAGGCCCAGCUGGAGGAGAAGAACCAGGAGCUGCUCAGGGCACGGCAGCGAGAGAAGAUGAACGAGGAGCACAACAAGCGUCUGUCUGAGACGGUGGAUAAGCUCCUGUCAGAGUCCAACGAGAGGCUGCAGCUGCACCUCAAAGAGAGGAUGUCUGCGCUGGAGGACAAGAAUGCCCUGAUCAGAGAGCUGGAGCACACCAAGAAGCUGAUCGAGGAGUCUCACCACGACAAGGAGCAGCUCCUGAUCCAGAUAGAGACGAUGCGGGCGGAGAGUGAGCAGGGGAGGAGCCGGAGCAACUCCUUACUGCACGGACGCUCUCAGAUGGGCAGCACUCCAGACUUCAGGUACCCGGUGUCGGCCUCCUCGAUGAUGGACAGUAACUCGGAUCAUUACGGCAGCGCUCUGGUGCUGCGGCGGCCGCAGAAGGGACGCAUGGCAGCGAUGAGGGACGAGCCGUCAAAGCGACAUGUGCAGACGUUGAACGAGCAGGAGUGGGAGCGCAUGCAGCAAGCUAACGUUUUGGCUAACGUGGCGCAGGCGUUCGAAAGCGACAUGGACGCGUCGGACCUGGAGGAGGACAGAGAGACGAUGUUCAGCUCCGUGGACAUGCUGUCCCCCGGGGGCCAGGCCGACGCUCAGACCCUCGCCCUCAUGCUGCAGGAACAGCUGGACGCCAUCAACAACGAGAUCAGGAUGAUCCAGGAGGAGAAAGAGAACACGGCGAUCCGGGCGGAGGAGAUUGAGUGUCGUGUCGGCAGCGGGGAGAGUCUCGGAGGUCGUUUCCGCUCCAUGAGCUCCAUCCCCCCCUCUCUGUGUGCCGGGUCCUCGCUGGGCGGCUCCCCCCCGGACUCCGGUAGCUCCACCCCCCGCAGAGUCUCCCGCAGCCCCAACAGAGAGCUGGACCGCAUGGGGGUCAUGACCUUGCCUAGUGACCU